AGUAUUGCAUCCUUACCGACGCUUACAGAAAGGUAAACCAGGUGAAAGUUAACAACCUUUGAUUAAAAAUGAGCCAAGUAUCAAACAUUUCGAUGCGGGCAUUGUCAUGGCACGACGACAACUGUGAAUGGACACGUCUCUGGAAGAAGAAACGGAACUGUGAAACUUGAAACACUCUGCUCACCUGCCGUUUGACUGAAAGAGAGGACAUGAAGGACGUCUGUCAACAAGCAAACAAAAAGACUGUCAACGCAACAAGUGCAGUGGGACAUUCAUUCAUGAAACUUCAUUUCUGUGAAAGACGAGAACAUGGACUUCAAAAACAUGGGAAGAAGAGCGACCACACAUGGCUCCGAAGCAAGAAUGGGGUGGCCUCCUUCAGCAUUGGAGCGGUGUCUACCUUCCCUGUGUCCUCUCCUGCUUCCCUUGGCAAUCUGCUCUUGAUAGAGCUAGACAAACAGCCUAACCCUCCGUUUCCCGAAGACUCCUGGUUCCUUUCUCAGGUGACAGUCAAAUCUCCAGAGGGAGACACCUACAAUUUUCCUGUCUAUCGCUGGAUCAGUGAUGGCCAGGUUCACCAGUUCCGAGAAGCAAGAGCUUUGAGAGCAUCCGAAGAUAUUACUGUUACUGGCAUGGACUGGAGGAAGAAUGACCUGACACAGAGAAUGGACGACUACUCUUGGGAUGUAUAUAUAGAUGGAAUAGCCCACUGCAUGAAAGCAGACAGCCCUCUUUCUCUGCCUUGUGAGGUCCGUUCCACCUUCACCAGGACUAUACAGAUGGGAUACACUGUACUCAAAGGAUUGGUGGAACUGAAACUGAAGGGACUGGCUGACAACCAGGAAAACUGGACUCAUAUUGAUGAUAUUGAACAAGUGUUCUGCUACAGAUUUACACAUUUAUCAGACCGUGUUCAAAACCUUUGGAGGAACGACGCCUUUUUUGGCUACCAGUUCCUAAACGGUGUCAACCCCAUGAUCAUCCAGAGUUGUACAGUCCUGCCUGAGAACUUCCCUGUCACUGAUGACAUGGUCUUCCCCAGUGGUCAAUGCAGAUUAGAGGAUGAAAUGCGGAAAGGCAACAUUUUCCUGUGUGACUACAAGCUUUUGGAUGGAGUGAUGACGAACGUCAUUAAUGACAAGAAGCAGUACCUGGCGGCUCCCCUCAUCCUGCUCCACAGAACUGCCAAUGAUACACUGAUGCCCAUUGCUAUUCAGCUGAAGCAGAAGCCAGCAGAAGACAAUCCCAUCUUUUUGCCUACUGACUCUGAAUAUGACUGGUUGACAGCCAAGAUUUUUGUGAGAAGCGCAGACUUCAACAUGCAUCAACUCAAUUUUCACCUGCUGCGCACUCACCUGCUGGCUGAAGUUUUUGCAGUGUCACUGCUGCGCAACCUGCCCAUGGUACAUCCACUGUACAAGCUCCUCAUUCCUCACACACACUUCACUCUCCAGAUCAACUUCUUAGCCCGACAACUACUGAUAUCAGAUGACGGAGUUUUCACAAAGUUUGCAGCUUCUGGUGGAGAGGGUAUGAUCACAAUCAUGAAGAGAGCACAGUCCUCACUGACCUACAGCUCCCUCUGCAUACCAGAUGACAUCACUGAGCGUGGACUGGACUCUGUACCAAACUUCUACUACAGAGAUGAUGGACUCAGGCUGUGGGAUAUCAUCCACAGGUUUGUGCAGGGACUGCUUGGACACUACUACAAGAAUGAUGCUGAGGUCCAGAAAGACUCCGAACUGCAGAGUUGGAUUCAGGAAAUCUUUGAACAUGGUUUCCUUUCCAAAGAUAGUGCAGGAUUUCCCAGAAAUUUCAACACCGUGGCUGAGUUGGUCAAGUUUGUCACCAUGGUGAUUUUCACCGGCUCAUGCCAACACUCUGCUGUCAACUCUGGACAGUAUGACUACGGUGGUUGGAUGCCCAACACUCCUACCUCCCUGCAACAGCCUCCACCCACCACAAAAGGGACAACGAGUAAGGCCACCAUGCUGCAGACGUUCCCCGACAUCAGCACAACAGUUCACGGCAUGAGCACCUUGUGGCUCCUCAGCAGGCAGUACUCUGACUUCAUCCCUCUUGGCCAUUAUCCAAAUAAGCACUUCACUGAGGAGAUUCCCCGCAAGUGGAUUCAUGAUUUUCAAGAAGACCUUAAACGUUUGAGUGAUGAUAUCAAAGCCCGAAAUAAGAGUCUGGACAUCCCAUACACAUACCUGGACCCAGCAGUGGUGGAAAACAGUGUGGCCAUUUGAAUAUCAGAGGGUGUGACCUCCUGAUCAACUGUUGGUCUAAUUCAACCUCACAUUAACAAUAAAGGAGGCAUGAUGAAAAAAAAUCUUUCUUUAGCUUGAGCUGAUAUUAAGAUGGAAAGCAAAAAUGUAAUGUAAUGCAAACAUCAUCAUUGUAUGCCAUUUUUAUGCAGCUGUAUUUCAUUGUGGUGUAAAAUUCUGUUUAAGCUUCUUACAUGUGAAAUCUUCUUACAAGAACUAAAUUUGGCAUUAUAUACUUAUGAGUUUCAUUUGACCAUUUCUUUAAUUCUUUUCAGUCUCAACACAAGAAUCAAUAAUUCAUGUAUUUUUUAGACCAACCUCUAUGAAUAUUUUGUAGCUGCAUGUAACCAAUACAAAUAGCAUGAUCUGUAUAUGAGCCUGUCUGUUCUGAGUUGUAGAAAACUAGAAAAAAAACAAAAACAAAAAAAAUAGUGGUUUGUGCAUUUGGUGAUUUAAUGUAUUUGUAUUUACCUUUCUUACAAGUUGUGUUCACUGUUUAAUUUCAAUUUAACUUUUUCAAUAUCUACAACAAAAAUCUUAUUAAAA